AUGCUGGAAAGACUGCAAACAUUGCUCGAGAAAAUCAAGUCAGUGUAUACUGGAAGAGGUCUUACGCCUGAAAAGAUUGUUCCGACUGUAGGAAUGAAUAUGGGCAAGAUUGAUAUCAAGACAACCCGCAUCAACUUUUGGGACCUAGGAGGACAGCGAGAACUACAUGGAAUAUGGGAAAAGUACUAUACUGAGGCUCAUGCCGUUGUCUUUGUCGUUGACUCGACUGAUCAAGAACGCAUUGAGCAAUGUAAAGACACUUUCGAACGGGUCGUCACCAACGACAUUAUAGAAGGAAUACCGGUUCUAAUGUUGGCAAACAAGCAAGAUGUGCCCGAUGCACUCAAAGUACAUGAGAUUAAAGAGAUAUUUAAUCAUAUUGCUGUGAAACUGGGUGCGAGGGAUUCAAAGGUGUUGGCUAUAUCUGCUUUACAAGGGGAAGGUGUCAUGGAAGCUGUCGACUGGCUGUUCUUACGGCUACAGAGGAAUAGGUCUAAUAGGCCGCCUGUUCAUCGUGCAGGUUGA